CAUGGCGGAAGAUAGCGAUCUUUUCUUGUUUGGAGAUGAUUUAGACGGGGUUGUUGAGGCUUUAGAGGCCAGUGAUCUCAUUGAUGAAAGCUUUAAUGAAGCUGUUAGUGAGGUACAAGAGGACGAGCUCUUGUGCACGCUCUGCUCGAAGGAAUGUAAAAGUUUACGCGGAUUGAAGAAACACAUGACCUGUAUACAUAAGGAUGAUCUGGAAGAUAGAGAAACAGAGCGUAUUGAAGAAGAGCAAUGUAAACUUACAGCAGAUUUACUUGCAAAGAUGGUCGACGAAGUGAAACAUCGUGUAAUCAACAGCAAGGUCUUCUCAAAGACCAUUAGAGAAGAGCUGAGUGCUUACUCGUUCACCAACUUAACUGAAGAAUCAGUAGAAUUCAUAGAAUUGGGAAAGAUCUACCAACUGCUGACGAAAAAGAAAAACUAUGAACAGUUCUAUACUAAGUUUUAUUCUACUGUGCCUUUGAACUCAACAAGAUAUUUCACUGGACUAUCUAGAAAUUCUGCUACUUUGCUAUCAACUAAACUCGCAGAUAUUAUGCUAGCCUACAGCAAGAACAAGGAAGUUACUACUCUUAGGAACUUAAAGUAUGAACUAACUGAAAAGGAGAUGGCAGGAUUACCGUAUGGUUGGGGAUAUGUGCUACACAAGUUACACAACAAACACAGUAAAUCAAAUCUCUGUGAAUCCAAAGCUAGUCAGCAGUCAAACGCUCUACUGAAAGCUGGCAAAGAGGAUAACCAAACAAUGCAAGAAAAUCUGAAGCUUACCUCAACGCUUAACCGUGGUGGACUGUGGAGCAUCACAAAACGAGCUCAAACAAUUUUUAUGAGAACUGAAAAAUACUUCAGAUACUUUACAACUGAUUAUCCCUUAACAAGAAUUGACAUAAAUGCAAUGAGAGAAUUCAGCAUGUGAUUCUGA